CUCAUUUUUUGGCGGAUUGUGACUACGGUUUCGUGCAUUUGUCAAAAGAAAAAAAAAUACAAAUAAUUAAACUAACGUUAAAAAAGAUAAAUUAAAAGUAUUUUCCAACCAUGAGUAAUUUGGACGAUCUUCUGGGAAAGAAAAAGGCUGUUGUAUCCGUGCUGGAUCUGAGCCGAAAUAUUGUACAAACUAGUGAAGAGUUUAAGCGACUAAUGGAGAAAGUCCCUGAAUACAAAAUGAGGCCAAUUAAAGUCCGAGCCGAAGACAUAAAAAUAAAGGAUAAGGAUUAUUCAUUCAAGUGGAACAAAAAGGAAAUGAAAAAACUUAUAAGAACUAAUGGAGAAAGGGAAGCUAUUUAUACCUAUGGGGACCCGGUACCAACAGAAAUGAAGGACGUUUCUAUUAACGAACUGUGUGUGGUACCUAUUGACUGGAAAAUGCUUACCACCUUGAGACCAAAAUCCAAAAUUGAGGAGGAGUUUUAUUCUCGUAUGGUCGAAAUGGGAAAGCUUCAAUUAAAGACGGAACAAAAGGACCGCAGAGAAUUUAUGCUGAACAAUUGCGUAAAGAAGUUAAAGAACAAAUCUGGAAUUGUGGAAACACGCCUUCAAACAUGUGUUGAGUGCGGUGAGGAAAUGUGCUGCGGAAAAGCUUGCACAGAAUUUAACUAUGACCUGUUUAGCCGAGUAGAACCGAAUUUCCCUAAGCCAAAAUUAGUGUCAAAUACUUCAAACAAGGGAAAAAUCAAUGGACGAAAGAAGCUCGCAGGAAACGCAUCAAAAAAUAAAUCAAAGAAAACAAAAUAAUUACAAUACAAAUGUAAACGAUCAAGAUUAGUGAAAUUUUAAAGCUUACAAUAAGAAAUUUCCGUAUAAAACUAA